AUGAGAAUUUCAGAAGUAAAAAGUACAACGCGUGAACAGCGCGUUGCACCUCAUACACAUAUUAAGGGACUUGGUUUAAAUGACGAAGGAAGAGCAUAUCAGCAAGCUGACGGGUUCGUUGGUCAAAAUUCAGCAAGAGAGGCAUGUGGUAUUAUUGUGGACUUGGUAAAAAGUAAAAAAAUGGCCGGCCGCGCUUUACUUUUAGCUGGCGCUCCAGGUACUGGUAAAACCGCGAUAGCCCUCGCCAUAGCUCAAGAGCUUGGUCCUAAAGUUCCAUUUUGUCCAAUGGUUGGUAGUGAAGUAUAUUCUUCAGAAGUUAAGAAAACGGAAGUUUUAAUGGAGAAUUUUCGAAGGGCUAUAGGAUUAAGAAUUAAAGAAACUAAAGAAGUGUAUGAAGGUGAAGUGUUGGAACUUACACCCGAAGAAACAGAAAAUCCAUUGGGUGGUUACGGUAAAACUUUGUCACACGUGACCAUUGGAUUAAAAACAGUUAAAGGAGUAAAAACAUUGAAAUUAGAUCCAAGUAUUUAUGAGAGCAUUCAAAAAGAAAAGGUUACCGUUGGAGACGUUAUUUACAUUGAAGCUAAUACUGGUGCUGUAAAGCGUGUUGGCAGAUCCGACGCUUAUGCUACUGAAUUCGAUUUAGAAGCUGAUGAAUACGUUCCGCUUCCGAAAGGAGAAGUGCAUAAAAAGAAAGAAAUUGUUCAGGAUGUUACAUUGAAUGACUUGGAUAUCGCAAAUGCUCGGCCUCAGGGUGGGCAAGAUAUUAUGUCAAUGAUGGGUCAAUUAUUGAAACCAAAAAAGACUGAAAUCACAGAUAAGUUAAGAAAAGAGAUCAAUAAGGUGGUCAAUAAAUAUAUAGAUCAGGGAAUUGCCGAGCUAGUUCCAGGCGUUCUGUUCAUAGAUGAGGUACACUUGUUAGACAUUGAAUGCUUUACAUAUCUAAAUAAGGCGUUGGAAUCCUCCAUAUCGCCUAUAGUGAUUUUCGCUACAAACCGUGGAAUGUGUCAAGUCAGAGGAACAGAUGAUAUUAUUGCACCUCAUGGCAUCCCAGUUGAUUUGAUUGAUCGAAUUUUGAUCAUUCGAACAUUACCUUACAAUUUGGAUGAUAUCAGAUCAAUUGUUCAAAUUCGUGCAAGAACGGAAGGAUUAGAUUUGUCCGACGAUGCCUUGAACUACAUGGCUGAAUCUGGGGUCAAAACAUCUUUGAGAUAUGUUAUUCAAUUACUCACUCCUGCAAGUAUACUUUCACGAACAAAUGGACGAGAACUUAUCACAUUGGAAGAUCUUAAAGAAGUGGAUGAAUUGUUUUAUGAUGCCAAAUCAUCUGCUAAAAUUCUCGCUGAGUAUCAAGCGCGAUAUGUUUCAUGA